CUUUUCAGCGUUACAUGUAAGAUAACACCUUACUCUACGAACAAUAUGGCUAUGAUGUGCGGAGGGACCGGCGCUGUGCAGGACGCCACGCCUGAGGUGCAAAAGAUGUGCGAUGAGGUGAAGAAAUCUGCAGAGCAAAAGGCUGGCAGGGAGUUCUCCGUCUUCAGAGCGAAGAAGUUCACCUCGCAAGUCGUGGCUGGGACCAACUAUUUCGUCAAGGUCCAUGUGGGUGGAGAGGAGGACGUGCACUUGCGCCUUUACAAACCUCUGCCCCAUGCUGGUGAUAAGCUUGAGCUUCACGGCAUUCAAACGGCGAAGACGUGCCAUGAUCCAAUUGGAUACUUCUGACCAGGGAGAAGUUUGAAUGUGAUGAGCAUGUCCACAGAACCAUAAUGACACUAAAUUGUCAAAAUGUGGAGAUUUAUAUGAAAUUAAAGAAGUGUUGGAGUGGU